UUCUUCUGUUUACCAACCAAUCAAAUUCGAAUUCGAGUCAGCUCUGUAAAAUGAUACCUGAGAUUAAAAUCCAGUUUCCAAUCGAGACUAACUUAGAACCUAUCACUUUAAAGACAGGUCUUUUUAUAAACAAUGAAUUCGUUUCAUCAAGUGAUAACAAAUCAAUAGAAACGAUCAAUCCAAGUACAGGUAAACCGAUUGGAAAGGUAUCAAUAGCAUCAAAAGAAGAUGUAGAUUUAGCUGUCAAAUCGGCUCAAGAAGCUUUUGAAAAUCAUUGGGGAACUAAAACUCCUGCUCAGAAAAGAGGUAGAAUGUUGAUGGAUUUAGCUGAUGCGAUUGAAGAAAAUUUAGAUGUUUUAGCUGCAAUUGAAUCUAUUGAUAAUGGUAAAGCUUUUAGUAUUGCUAAAUCUUUUGACGUACCUGAAGCUGCACAUUGUUUAAGAUAUUAUGGUGGUUGGGCAGAUAAAAAUCAUGGUAAAGUCAUUGAAGUAAAUGAUUCUAAGAUGGCUUUUACUAGACAUGAACCGAUUGGAGUAGUGGGUCAAAUUAUUCCUUGGAAUUUUCCUCUAUUAAUGUUCGCCUGGAAAAUCGGUCCAGCUCUCUCAACAGGCAACACGAUCGUCAUUAAACCAGCCGAACAAACCCCAUUAACAGCUCUCUUCAUGGCUCAAUUGAUUUCUAAAAUCUUUCCACCUGGUGUUAUCAACAUUAUUGUGGGAUUAGGUCCUGUGACUGGGGUGGCUAUGUCUCAUCAUAUGGGAAUUGAAAAAAUCGCGUUUACUGGAAGUACGGUGGUAGGUAAAAUGAUCAUGAAGGCUGCGGCUGAGUCUAAUUUGAAGAAAGUGACGUUGGAAUUGGGCGGGAAGUCUCCUACUAUUAUUUUUGAUGAUGCUGAUUUAGAUCAAGCAGUGAAAUGGUCAGGAUUUGGAAUCUUUUUUAAUCAUGGUCAAUGCUGUUGUGCUGGAUCAAGAGUUUUUGUUCAUGAAGCUGUUUAUGAUCAAUUUAUGGUUAAAUUUGAAGAGUAUGCUAAAAGUUUUAAAGUUGGAGAUCCAUUUUCGAAAAACACAUUUCAAGGGCCAUUAGUUUCUCAAUUACAAUUUGAUAGAGUGAUGGGAUAUAUUCAAUCUGGUAAAGAAGAUGGAGCUAAAUGUAUAAUAGGAGGUAAUCGGUAUGGAAAUGAAGGAUAUUUUAUUGAACCAACAAUUUUUACCGAUGUAAAACCAUCAAUGAAAAUCAUGAAAGAAGAAAUCUUUGGACCAGUAGUAGCAGUCACUAAAUUCUCAUCCGAAGAAGAUUUAUUAAAAGUAGCCAAUGGUUCGAUUUAUGGUUUAGCUGCUGCUGUAUUUUCUAAAGAUAUUCAAAGAUCAAUUAAAGUUGCCAACGAAUUAAAAGCUGGAACGGUUUGGGUGAAUUGUUAUAAUAAGUUACAUACUCAAGUUCCUUUUGGUGGGUUUAAACAAAGUGGAAUCGGUCGUGAGUUGGGAGAAUACGCUUUGGCUAAUUAUACUGCUGUCAAGGCUGUACAUAUUAAUUUGGGUGAAAAGCUUUGAGAAAUGAUGGAUGGAGUGAUGUUGAAUCUUAAAGAGAAGAUUUGGUUUAACUUUUAAAUAUCUUAUUAUGCAAUAUGUUUUUUUCUUGAAACAGUUAUCUUGAAGGUUUGUUGAAUUAUUAUAUCAUUUUAUCAUUGCUGUAGUUGUGAGUUCUUCACUUGUAGGAUUUGAUUAUGAGAAACUAUAGUUUUUAUUUUGAAUUGUAUGAAGAACAGAAGUUUGAUGUUUUUUGAACUGAUC